AUUUGCCUCAGUUGACAUCAGCCUUACCUCUAAAUGCAAGCUGGUGACUUCCUUGUGAGCCUGCUGCUGCUCUGAAUCCAGCUUCUGGCUGGAGGAUGGUGGGACAACACUUCUGGGCCACAGAAAGAACAGCUGCCAGCUGAUGCCUGUGGGACACAGCUGGGAAGACAGAAUCAUCAUCAGGAUUAAAGGAACAUAAACGCUUGCUAAAAUGGCACUGGCCAGUUCAAUUUCUAGCAAAGCAGCACCACCACACUCCAGAAAAGUUUCUGCAGCAGGGGUGGAAGUGCACCAGAGCAAGAUGGAUUUUUUCUGCAAGCUGGGCUAUGGUAAGCAGGAUAUCUGCAGAGUGCUGGAGAACCUGGGCCAAGAGGCCCUGGAGGAUGAUGUGCUGAAAGAGCUGAUUCGGAUGGGGAGCAAACCUCAAGCUCUGGAGAACCAGGCCCAGCCGUCCCAGCUGAAGCUGGUUGCCCGUGGAUCGUGCAGCCCCGCACCGGGGCCGAAGUGGCUGGGAGAAGAUGAAAGUGAUCCUUCAGAUUCCUUGAGGCCCAUUGUGAUCGACGGCAGCAAUGUCGCCAUGAGUCAUGGAAACAAGGAGGUGUUCUCCUGCUGGGGGAUCCAGCUGGCGGUGGAUUGGUUUCGAGAGAGGGGGCACACUUACAUCAAGGUUUUUGUCCCACGCUGGAGAAAGGAGCCCCCUCGACAAGAGAGCCCCAUUGCAGAUCAGCACAUCCUUGAGGAGCUGGAAAAGCAAUCAAUCCUGGUCUACACACCCUCUCGGAAGGUGAAGGGCAAGAGGGUGGUUUGCUACGACGAUCGCUACAUAGUGAAAGUUGCUUAUGAGAGGGAUGGAGUCAUUGUUUCCAAUGACCACUACCGGGACCUCCAGAACGAAAACCCCGAGUGGAAAUGGUUCAUUGAGCAGCGACUGCUCAUGUACUCUUUCGUCAGUAACAGGUUUAUGCCUCCCGAUGAUCCAUUAGGCCGGCAUGGACCCACCUUAAGUAACUUCCUCAGCAAAAAGCCAGUGCUUCCUGAGAAAAAAUGGCAGCCUUGCCCUUAUGGUAAAAAGUGCACCUAUGGCAAUAAAUGCAAGUUUUACCAUCCAGAGAGACAACAUCAAGCUCAGCUUUCGGUUGCCGAUGAGCUCAGGGCCAAAACAAAGGUCCCGUUAGCCCUGGGGAGAGAGGAGGAGAGGUGUCAGUGCUCGCCGUGCGAUGCCUGCACAGAAACGCUGCGGGAAGCCAGAGGCUGCUCUGGGCCUUCCUGCUGCCCAGGCAGGUGCCAGGGCAGCUGCUCGGAGCGGACAUUCCGUGCCUGGGCCGGCAGUCCCGGCUCUGAGCUGCGGCCGGAGCCGCUCCUGGAGAAGAUGUCAGCCGUGUCCAUCAGCGGCGACGCCUACGGCUGCAGCUGGUCCCUGUGCGCCUCUCGGGACGGGGGGGGCACGGAGAGCCCUCAGCCCUGCUCCGAGCUCAGGCACAAAGCGCUGUCACUUCAUCGCCCCCAGGGCUUGGAGCGGCCCGGCUCUCCCAGGUGCCCUUUCCAGCGAAGGGCGCCAGGCGGGCUGUGCCCGGAGCACGGCUGGGCUCUGCAGCGCCCGGCUGCGCUCGGAACGGCCCACGGGAGCCGCUGCUUCCCUCGCGGCGCUCAGCACACACAGGCCCUGGACACCCAGCGCCCUCUUUCGCUGCAGGGCACAGCCCCGUGCCCCGAGCGGCUUCCCCCGCACGGCGAGCCCCGCCUGCAGCAGCAGCGCCGCUUGCCCGGCCGGCCCGCGGGGCAGCCAGAGCCCAGCCGCGGAACGGGAUCGUUCCAGACAGCCCAAGCUUACCCCAGUGCCUCCUACCGGGACCACUGGCCCAGCCCAGCCGCGCCCUCUGCCCGGCAAGCAAACAUGCGCAGGGAGCUGUGCUCCUCUUAUCCUUACAGUGGGAUGAGCCAGGUCAUGACCUCGUACCCCAGUAUCCAGGAUCAGGGGAUUGGAACACCUCCCCUGUGAAGACAAGCUCGGGAAGCUGGGACUGUUCAGCCUGGAGAAGUUUGCAUGGACACCUCAUAGAAACCUUCCAGGAUCCAAAGAGAGCCUACAAGGAAGCCAGAGAGGGACUCUUAAUGAGGAACUCCAGCAAUAGUACACAGGGGGAUGGCUUCAAACUGAGAUGGGGUAGGUUUAGAUUAGAUUUUAGGAUUAAAUUCUUAAUUGUGUGGGUGGUGAGACACUAGAACAAGCUGCUCAGAGAAGUUGUGGAUGCCCCAUCCUUGGAAGUGUUUAAGGCCAGGUUGGGUGGGGCUCUGAACAAUCUGGUCUGGUGAAAGGUGUCCCUGCCCAUGGCAGCAGGGGUGUUGGAACUGCAGGAUUUUUUAUGUCCCUUCCAACUCAAACAAUUCUGUAAUUCUAUGAUGUUGCCUGUUGGACUGUAAUGAUUCAAAGACACAGAAAAAUGUGAAACCUCCAGAGAAAACCAUUUCUAAUCAACCCAAGUCCCAGGGCAAGAAGAGGUUAUUCUGAGGCUUAACUGGCUGUUUUUAGAGGGUGUUAUGGCAAGGAUUACAGCUGCUCCAGGAAUACAAGUAUAAGCAUCAAGUCAAGGCAAAGGCUGUCAUGCACGGCAGUGGGAUUGCAUUCCACCUCCGCUGAAAGACAGCAGGAGGGCUCAGGGCUACUGGGCUGUCAGCAUAUGAACCUCACUGAUGCCUGGAUUGAGGAUGGCACAGAUUUUCAUUAAUGCCCUGAAACACUAGAUGUGUUUUUAGAGUCCUAACCUAUGGUUCAACUUCCAUCAAAGAACCGUGCUCCCCGGUCCUCACCAAAGGGCUCUCCCCUGGCCUGCCUGUCACUGUCACUUGGCCUGUUCCCCUAGCUCAGGGCUGUGCUCUCUGCUAGAAGGCAGCUCUGGGUCCCUGUCAUUACCUGAUUCAAGCCCAACCCACUGCCACCGAGCUUUCAAAGCUGCAUCUUGUGCUCCUAAAGCAAUGCUGAAAGCACACAGAACCACUAGCAGAGGGGCUGGAGGUGCACCAGAGCACCUGAAGGAAGACACGGAUACAUUUCUCAGUAAAGGGAUGCACAGAGGAUAAAUCAAAUCAGGGAAGUCAUCUUCAAUGUAAGUCCUGGUGUGGACUGAGGGCUCGGGGCUGGUAAUUAAAAAAAUCCAGAAGUCCAGAUGAUGCUAAAGAGAAAAAAAAAAAAAAGCUUAAAAUUCUCUCCUGUAUUGAAUAAGAAAUCUAUUGUUGACUUAACCCUUCAUUACCAAAUGUGGCCCCAUAAUGCAAUUAUACAGUAAACUAUGUUCUGUUAGGACAUGUUUGAUUUUCAGUAAGCUGUAAAGCUGCUAAUCUCUGCAUUAUUCCACCAAAUGCUUCAGAUUCAAUUCAAUUAGUAAGGUUGAUCCUGAAGUUUUUUUGGCAUUAUACCAAAGUUUAAGUAUGUCAGUGUGACAUGUUUUAAAAAUGUUUUAACACAUUAUAAAAUGUUCAUCUAUAACACUUUGUUCUCAAUAAUUUCUUCAUUUUCUGUGUUUUCCUUGGAUGGUGGGGGUUUUUUGUUUAGUUUUUGGUUGGUGUUUUUUUUUUUUUUUUUAGUUUGUUUAGGUUUUGGUUUUGUUUGUUUUUUUUCCCAGUCAUCUUAGAACUGAUGCUUCAACAUUCAGGUGGGAUUUUCAAGCUCUCUGGCCCUGCAGUAUCUCAUUUCUCUGAAGUGCAGGGUUGUUAGUUCCAGGCAGGAAUUAAACACAGUCCUCAAUGAGAAGUUGGAAUUCUGUUGCUUUUGCAAAGGUAGCAGUAAUUUACCCUUAGUGACAUUAUCACAUGAUGAGUUGUUUGAAAGCUGUGAUAGUUUGACCUGUUUCCCUCUGGAAACCACCACCAGCUUUUGGGUUUUUGUUGGUUGUUUUUUGAUGAUGGUGUUUGAAGAAUCUGCAGAAGAUAAGUAUACUGUGUCUGUUCAACUUCUUAUGCCCCUGUGGAUGGCUCCAAGAAACAGCAAUUUGGAUUUUGGAGGUAUGAUUCAGGUUCACAGAACAUGACAGUUUUUUUCCAUAUGUCCUAUGGAUUGUCAGAGUGGCUUAUGAAUUUAUCCACUACAUAUUACAUAAGGAUUGGAAGUCGACUUUAAACAAAACAAUGGAACAAAUUCUCUGUGAUAUGCCUCAAAAAAUACUGGAGACAAAGUGUGAUGCUGAGUGGAAAAAUACCUUCCACCCAAACAGAGGAAGUCCCAAAUGGCAGCAUUCAGAAAACACAGAGAGCAAUGGAGCAGGAUGUAACUGUACAUGUCAACAUUAAUUUUCAUGUCUGGCAUGCACGUUACAUAUUUCAAUACACAAAGCAUUUAAAAAUCCAUGGGAAAAUUGGCACACUGCCUUUACACGGUGCCCUUGGCUUGCUGGAGAUGUGCAUGAACUUUUCUCCUUUUCCUUUGAGGAUGCACAGGAAUUUAGUGGUUGUUCAAAACCCUCUCAAUGUUUAAUUUCUUUUUCCUUUUAAUUUCUGUCAUAUUUACUGAGGAAUCUUUUUGUAAAAUAUAUAGAAUGUGCGCUCUGCUGAGAAAGUGUCUGAGAAAAUAAAUCAGACUUUGGUGCUAAACAGAACUUGAUUUCGCUUGGCUCUUGUGCUCACCAGAGGGUUUUUUCUCAUGGGGAUUUUGUUGGAAGGGCAGCUCAGCAGCAGCGCUGUGUCACUGCCUGAGAGGAACUCUGCUGCUGGCCAGGAGCCCACAGAAAGCAGGGAGUGUGUCCCUGUUCCACCACAGCACAAGCACGUGGGGCUGCAGGGCCUUCUGCACUUUCCAAAGCAGGGAUUUCUAUUUGCCUUUGUCAGCCCCUGGAGCAAGGGAAAGGGCUGCGAACAGAAAGGAGCAGCAGCUCUUGGAUAGAGGGGUAAGAGGCUGUUGCUAUUUGGUAUCUCUGCUGAGAUGCAUUUGAGGCCAGCUCUCGCUGCCAAGUUGCAAAUGAACCCAUAAAUCUUAACAGGCUCAGAAAGCCCUUGAUGUUCUUUGCUUUUUGGUUGUCAAGACUCUUUCAGAAGAAGCUGGAAGCACUGAGAGCAAUCUUCCGGGAGAUGGGCUGCUUUCCCAAGGGAGAUUUACAGAGUUGCCAAGUUCAUUAAAAAAAAAGUCAGAAAAAGAAAAGAGAAAAAAGAAAAACAAAACACCAAAGCCAGAGAAAAAAUCCUCUUACUUUCUCUACACUCAGUCUUCUCAAAAAGGCAGAAAGCCAGAGACACCCUCCCUUGCAAGGGGCUAGGGAAACUAAACACAAAUAGUUCACAGAGAACUCUUGCAUCAGCCCUGCAAUAGCUCCUCUGCAUAAGAAGGGGGAAGGAGGGUGCUCUUUGCAGUCCUGGGCACCUCAACACACCUCCCACCACCUCUCCUAAAAUACAGAACUCUCCCUCACAGAACAUGGAUAACAAGCCUGCUAAUGAGGGGAGCUGAGGUACCAUAAGAAUUAAUGCCACAAAACAGUCUAUAAAGCAGAUAAUCUUGCUGGGUAUCAAACACUUGUAUUUGCCAAUUAUUCUGGGAAGUUUUGAUAAUAUUUUAACUCAGUUCCCACCAGAGCUGGCACAAUUUAUAAGCAAAUAUUUGAACUAUUCACAAAACCUAAAUAGAACAUGACUUUUCUCUGCCUUAAGAAAUGCUGGGGAGAACAAGGCCUGUAGUUCACCAAGUGUGACAGACCUUUGCAUUCACUCA